CAAACACACUUUUUCUCUUCAUUCAUAUAACAAAUCUCCAAACCUUCUCAUUCUCAUCUUCCAAAACUCAUCUUCAAGUCAUGACCAUUUUCAAGACUCUCCUAGCUUCAAUCCUCAUUUCUCAAAUCAUUGUGAUUCUCGUGGAAUCAGAUAGGAUGGUAAUUCUCAAUAACUUAGUAGCGGAACAAAGUCCUAACCCUUCACCUCCAACCAUAGAUUGUGAUGGUGAAUGCACUAGAAGGUGUCAAUUAUCGUCAAGACCAAAUCUAUGUAAGAGGGCAUGUGGAACAUGUUGUCAAAGGUGCAACUGUGUACCUUCGGGUACUAGUGGUCACUAUGAAGAAUGUCCAUGUUAUGCAAAUUUGACUACUCACGGUGGAAGACACAAAUGUCCUUAAUUUACUACACUAAUCGUCUUCUAUAUAUGAAAGUAAGCGGAGUUCGGUAGUUUUUUUUAUGUUAUCCUUUGUUGAUCAUUAAAAGACAUUAUAUAGGUAUUUUAAAUAUCUUUUUAAUAUAUUGUAAAACAUCAAAAUUAGUGAUAAUCAGUGUAUUAUGAAAACACAGUAAAAGAAGAACACAAAAAAAUCCAACAGAGAAUCCAAAUUCAAAUAAACGCAUGUAAUAAUUUAGUUUGAUUGAUAUAUCUAUGUACCUUAGGUGGUGCACAAUUACUUAUUACUGAAGUGAAGUUUCUUACCUUGCUUUA